UCUCUCUCUCUUAUUUUUCCUUUUUUUUAUCAAUUCAACACAAAAGCAAUACAAUUAACAAUGGACCCUAAUGAAUUCCCUACGCUUGAAGAAGCAGUGUCUGGCAAUGACAACAAUAACAAAACAAAUGAUGCUGGUCAUUUAGACAAGUCUACAGGUCUAAGUUCUUCUUGGGCUGAAGUUGCACAACCCAAUCAAGACAAGAACAAUAGCGACGCGUCUUCUCAGCUACCAAAACCAGAAUUACAGCCUAACCAUGAUAACAAGAGUUUUGCCACGGUUGCUGGUCAUGAAAAAAAGCAGGCUGAAGAAUUUCCUACACCUCAAGAAAGCUUAAAAGAAGCUGAUACCUCGUCUGUGCCAGCUUCAGCAGGCGUAAGUGACCUGUUGAACAAUACAACUCCUAUUACCCAAGAUACAACUGAACCACCUAAUCCUGAUCGAUCCUUUGCUGAUGUGGCUUCAAAUAAGGGUUUCCCUACACCAGAACACGAUGAAACACAACAAGACAAUGAUCAACCCCCAUUGUCUGAUUUACCUGACGUAAAGGAUAUGCUCCAACAACCUUCUGUUCAUGUGCCUCCCGUGCCUGCCUCUCAAAGUUUUGCUAAGGUAGCUGCUAAGGAGAUUCCUCCCGAGAAGAGACCCUUAAGUGAACGCGCUCAAACCAUUCUCAACCAAAAACAUGAGGAAGAUCCUAUGGCUGUCAAUGACGACAAUUUCCCUACCUUGGGUCAAUCUAACUUGAUGGCUCAAGAAAAUGCUGGUGAGGAUGAGAAGGCUGUUUAUUCUGAAAUCUCUCGAUUGAAUCAAGUCAACGAAGACGAUACAGUGAAAGAACAAAAAGAUCUCAAUUUGAAAAAGUCUUUUGCUGACAUUACAAGCUCCAACCUUGAAAAUGCUCCUCCACCAGCUGUUUCUCACGUAGAUCAACUUCCUGUGUAUGAUGAAGAAACUGUUUAUUUGGAAAAUGCGAAGAGAGAAGAGAGAAAGAAUGUUCAAGUUCCCGUUGGCAACAAUGAACAGCUGAUUGAACAAGAAGAACUGAAGCAGGUUCAACCUACACAUGAACAAAAGGAACAAGAAAAGAAGAAUGAAAAGACAUAUCAAAAGAGUAGAGAAGUGGUCAGUGGUGGUAAACAAAAAGAGGAAGAAGAGGAAACAGAUCAAAUGCUUGUACGUUUGCAUACAUUUGAUCGUUAUCGCACUGGAAAGAUUACCAUCUUUAAUACCAUGGCAGCUUUGUAUCGAUUGGGUUAUUCGUGGUUUACCAUCAUUCCUGGUGCUAUUCUGAUGCACCUUCGUUUAUCUCCCAUGACUUCGCCUUAUGGCUUUCCCUUUAUUUAUCGAUCAUUGUCAGACUUAAUUUUACUGCCUGUUUAUACACGCAAUUUGUCUGCUGCAUUGAAGUACAAUACACCUAUGCAAGACAAAGAACAAGUGCAAAAGAUGGUCAAGACUUAUGGUCAUCAAAAAGGACUUGGUUUCUGGGAUGGUAUCAAAGCCAUUCGUCAUUCUGAACAAGGCCAUUUAAGAUGGUGGCAGUUAGGUUUAUGGGCCAUUCAUCGUAUUCAAUGGACAUUGACAUAUACAAUGUUACAUGAACCAAAAUCAAAUGUUGUCUCUGAAUCUACCCUUGUAUCUUUAGCAUCGUCAAAAUAAAAUUGUAUUAUAUGAACAGAUUGUCUCAGAUCAACUUGUCUCAGAUCAUC